AGCACGACACCCACUAUCGCCAACCUUGGGCUGUGGGUAGUGCUGCUACCGCUUGGAAAACCACACGACAGAUUCACUUCUUCCCGCUUGGGAGGAAGAUUUAGUUUGUGCCCCGUCGGGACCAAAAUUGGAGAGGAAAAGAGUACAGCUAACUAGCGGCGGGGCUCUACAGACUGCUGUAGCAGUGGGCAGGAAGGGCGGGGAGUGAGCAAUAGGCGGUGAUGCCGGGGCCAAAGAACAAGCAGAGGGCCACGGCCGAGCCGCGUAAGGAGAAGUCCUUGCACAGCUUCAUCCCGACGUCUUACAUGGCACUGCUCGAAGGGACGCUGCUCACAAAUGGCGACAUUAAGGAUGGGUCGUGGCGGCCACGUCGAGAAGAUGACGUAUCUCAAGACUUCUUGAUGGUCCUCAUGGACAAGGGCGUGUACGAUGGAGGAUUUAACCUACAAGUGCCCAACACCCGUCCGUCAGCCCCGUCUGUUCAAGAAGUCCACGAUAAGUGGCACUCGUUUGAGUGGGUCGAGACGACCACGUCUACGUGCAACGUGUGGGGCCGAGGGCGUAACAACCAGUUCGGGGAGUUCUACACCAUCGGCGUUCACGACCCCCGCCAGAGAAGGAUCGUCAUAUACAAGGUCUGCGAGGCAGAAAUGCGCAGAGCUCAAGCUUUUGCGCAGAUAACGAUCACGCCCGCCGGCUGUCUCCCCGCCGCCGCUCCGAGCAACCCUGGUCUCGCGGCACCAAAGAGAACAAGGUUGGCGACAGCUAAGGCGGCGGCGGCGGCGGCGGCGGCGGCGGCAGCGGCCGGGGGCAGGCAAAAGCAGCCCCGCACGUACGACGCCAGCCCGAGAGAGAUGGCCGCUGCCGCCACCUUGAUGUACCAGCAGAACCUGACCGUGGAGACGGGCGCUUGCAGCGGUGGCAGCAGCAGCAGCAGCAGCAGCGGCGGCGGCUGCUACCCGAGGGUCGACGCGUUUUGUCCGAGUAAUGACGGAGAUGCUGGUGCCGGUGGCGGUGGCGGUGGGCGCGGGAGCGGGAGCGGAGUACGGAGUGGCCUGAUGAAUGAGGAGGGGAGCGGAGGGGGGCCGGCGCCGGGGGGGGGUCGACCCUUGGCCUUGCCUGCACCUCAAGUGCACAAGGAGAACCCCGCGCGUCCGACCCCGGUGCCGAUCCCGGCGGAAGUUCGGGCUCUCCCGGGGUUUUCUGGACGGUUUGAGGAUGCCAGUACCAUGGACUUCGCCAACGCUAGCAUGGACGAGCUAGCCGAUCUGUCGAUCCUCGGGGCUCGCUUACAGAGGGAGAAGGUUAAGAUCCAGGAAGACGCCCGGGCUCAACGGCAACCAUUUGAAGAGCAAAAAAAGGAGUAUCAGAGCAAGGUGCAGAAGGGAAGGGCAGACGAAGCGAUGAUGCUGAGGGCGGUGCAAGAGCUGAGGAAGCAGAUGCUGGAGGACGAGCGGAAAUUGGAGUCGGCAACACAAUGCGUCAAGAGCUACGAGGCGGAAGAGCAGCACGCGCUCAUGUUGUGGAACGAGAAGUGGGAGACCCAGGUCGCGCCCUUCAUCGCGCAGUGUGAGCAGGUGCGGCAAUCACAGCCCCAGCCCCGUCCACGAACCCUUGGGGUCGAGCUGACAGUGUACGUGUCCUGA